UGACAUGAGAAGGUUGCCUUGGUGCACGGAAGGCCUCAGUGUCAGAGCAGUCCUAGGGCUUGCUCAGAGCAGGAGCAUCCUGCGUGUUGAGGCAUUUGUCAGUGGGCAGCCGCACACUGACAGGAGCCUUGUUUGUUCUAGUGUUGGAGCACAGCGUGCAAACUUGCACAGCAGUGCUACAAUGAUUCAGCAGCUUGCUGCUGCAGUAGUUACUGCUUAUGGCAUUACUUAUUCCGGCUAUUUUCUGACUCACCUGGCACGUCAUAUAAAACAUGUAUUCAGCGGAGCUGAUACUGAGGUGACGAAAGGAACAGCCGUCUCUCCCGUGGCUCCCUCUGCUCCCGGACAAGAAGGCAAAGAGGAGCAAAGGGAGGGAGAGAAGCAGAAGCCUCCGUGUGUGGUGACAGCCCCGGCUGAUCCUUGCAAGAGAGUGACGAAAGGAACAGCCGUCUCUCCCGUGGCUCCCUCUGCUCCCGGACAAGAAGGCAAAGAGGAGCAAAGGGAGCGAGAGAAGCAGAAGCGUCCAUCUGUGGUCACAGCCCCGGCUGAUCCUUGCAAGAGAGUGACGAAAGGAACAGCCGUCUCUCCCGUGGCUCCCUCUGCUCCCGGACAAGAAGGCAAAGAGGAGCAAAGGGAGCGAGAGAAGCAGAAGCCUCUGUGUGUGGUGACAGCCCCGGCUGAUCCUUGCAAGAGAGUGACGAAAGGAACAGCCGUCUCUCCCGUGGCUCCCUCUGCUCCCGGACAAGAAGGCAAAGAGGAGCAAAGGGAGCGAGAGAAGCAGAAGCCUCUGUGUGUGGUGACAGCCCCGGCUGAUCCUUGCAAGAGAGUGACGAAAGGAACAGCCGUCUCUCCCGUGGCUCCCUCUGCUCCCGGACAAGAAGGCAAAGAGGAGCAAAGGGAGGGAGAGAAGCAGAAGCAUCCGUCUGUGGUGACAGCCCCGGCUGAUCCUUGCAAGAGAGUGACGAAAGGAACAGCCGUCUCUCCCGUGGCUCCCUCUGCUCCCGGACAAGAAGGCAAAGAGGAGCAAAGGGAGCGAGAGAAGCAGAAGCCUCCGUGUGUGGUGACAGCCCCGGCUGAUCCUUGCAAGAGAGUGACGAAAGGAACAGCCGUCUCUCCCGUGGCUCCCUCUGCUCCCGGACAAGAAGGCAAAGAGGAGCAAAGGGAGCGAGAGAAGCAGAAUCGUCCGUGUGUGGUGACAGCCCCGGCUGAUCCUUGCAAGAGAGUGACGAAAGGAACAGCCGUCUCUCCCGUGGCUCCCUCUGCUCCCGGACAAGAAGGCAAAGAGGAGCAAAGGGAGCGAGAGAAGCAGAAGCCUCUGUGUGUGGUGACAGCCCCGGCUGAUCCUUGCAAGAGAGUGACGAAAGGAACAGCCGUCUCUCCCGUGGCUCCCUCUGCUCCCGGACAAGAAGGCAAAGAGGAGCAAAGGGAGCGAGAGAAGCAGAAGCCUCCGUGUGUGGUGACAGCCCCGGCUGAUCCUUGCAAGAGAGUGACGAAAGGAACAGCCGUCUCUCCCGUGGCUCCCUCUGCUCCCGGACAAGAAGGCAAAGAGGAGCAAAGGGAGGGAGAGAAGCAGAAUCGUCCGUGUGUGGUGACAGCCCCGGCUGAUCCUUGCAAGAGAGUGACGAAAGGAACAGCCGUCUCUCCCGUGGCUCCCUCUGCUCCCGGACAAGAAGGCAAAGAGGAGCAAAGGGAGCGAGAGAAGCAGAAGCCUCUGUGUGUGGUGACAGCCCCGGCUGAUCCUUGCAAGAGAGUGACGAAAGGAACAGCCGUCUCUCCCGUGGCUCCCUCUGCUCCCGGACAAGAAGGCAAAGAGGAGCAAAGGGAGGGAGAGAAGCAGAAGCAUCCGUCUGUGGUGACAGCCCCGGCUGAUCCUUGCAAGAGAGUGACGAAAGGAACAGCCGUCUCUCCCGUGGCUCCCUCUGCUCCCGGACAAGAAGGCAAAGAGGAGCAAAGGGAGCGAGAGAAGCAGAAGCCUCCGUCUGUGGUGACAGCCCCGGCUGAUCCUUGCAAGAGAGUGACGAAAGGAACAGCCGUCUCUCCCGUGGCUCCCUCUGCUCCCGGACAAGAAGGCAAAGAGGAGCAAAGGGAGGGAGAGAAGCAGAAGCCUCCGUGUGUGGUGACAGCCCCGGCUGAUCCUUGCAAGAGAGUGACGAAAGGAACAGCCGUCUCUCCCGUGGCUCCCUCUGCUCCCGGACAAGAAGGCAAAGAGGAGCAAAGGGAGCGAGAGAAGCAGAAGCAUCCGUGUGUGGUGACAGCCCCGGCUGAUCCUUGCAAGAGAGUGACGAAAGGAACAGCCGUCUCUCCCGUGGCUCCCUCUGCUCCCGGACAAGAAGGCAAAGAGGAGCAAAGGGAGCGAGAGAAGCAGAAGCCUCCGUGUGUGGUGACAGCCCCGGCUGAUCCUUGCAAGAGAGUGACGAAAGGAACAGCCGUCUCUCCCGUGGCUCCCUCUGCUCCCGGACAAGAAGGCAAAGAGGAGCAAAGGGAGCGAGAGAAGCAGAAGCCUCCGUCUGUGGUGACAGCCCCGGCUGAUCCUUGCAAGAGAGUGACGAAAGGAACAGCCGUCUCUCCCGUGGCUCCCUCUGCUCCCGGACAAGAAGGCAAAGAGGAGCAAAGGGAGCGAGAGAAGCAGAAGCCUCUGUGUGUGGUGACAGCCCCGGCUGAUCCUUGCAAGAGAGUGACGAAAGGAACAGCCGUCUCUCCCGUGGCUCCCUCUGCUCCCGGACAAGAAGGCAAAGAGGAGCAAAGGGAGCGAGAGAAGCAGAAGCCUCCGUGUGUGGUGACAGCCCCGGCUGAUCCUUGCAAGAGAGUGACGAAAGGAACAGCCGUCUCUCCCGUGGCUCCCUCUGCUCCCGGACAAGAAGGCAAAGAGGAGCAAAGGGAGCGAGAGAAGCAGAAUCGUCCGUGUGUGGUGACAGCCCCGGCUGAUCCUUGCAAGAGAGUGACGAAAGGAACAGCCGUCUCUCCCGUGGCUCCCUCUGCUCCCGGACAAGAAGGCAAAGAGGAGCAAAGGGAGGGAGAGAAGCAGAAGCAUCCGUCUGUGGUGACAGCCCCGGCUGAUCCUUGCAAGAGAGUGACGAAAGGAACAGCCGUCUCUCCCGUGGCUCCCUCUGCUCCCGGACAAGAAGGCAAAGAGGAGCAAAGGGAGCGAGAGAAGCAGAAGCCUCCGUGUGUGGUGACAGCCCCGGCUGAUCCUUGCAAGAGAGUGACGAAAGGAACAGCCGUCUCUCCCGUGGCUCCCUCUGCUCCCGGACAAGAAGGCAAAGAGGAGCAAAGGGAGCGAGAGAAGCAGAAUCGUCCGUGUGUGGUGACAGCCCCGGCUGAUCCUUGCAAGAGAGUGACGAAAGGAACAGCCGUCUCUCCCGUGGCUCCCUCUGCUCCCGGACAAGAAGGCAAAGAGGAGCAAAGGGAGGGAGAGAAGCAGAAGCAUCCGUCUGUGGUGACAGCCCCGGCUGAUCCUUGCAAGAGAGUGACGAAAGGAACAGCCGUCUCUCCCGUGGCUCCCUCUGCUCCCGGACAAGAAGGCAAAGAGGAGCAAAGGGAGCGAGAGAAGCAGAAGCCUCUGUGUGUGGUGACAGCCCCGGCUGAUCCUUGCAAGAGAGUGACGAAAGGAACAGCCGUCUCUCCCGUGGCUCCCUCUGCUCCCGGACAAGAAGGCAAAGAGGAGCAAAGGGAGCGAGAGAAGCAGAAUCGUCCGUGUGUGGUGACAGCCCCGGCUGAUCCUUGCAAGAGAGUGACGAAAGGAACAGCCGUCUCUCCCGUGGCUCCCUCUGCUCCCGGACAAGAAGGCAAAGAGGAGCAAAGGGAGGGAGAGAAGCAGAAGCAUCCGUCUGUGGUGACAGCCCCGGCUGAUCCUUGCAAGAGAGUGACGAAAGGAACAGCCGUCUCUCCCGUGGCUCCCUCUGCUCCCGGACAAGAAGGCAAAGAGGAGCAAAGGGAGCGAGAGAAGCAGAAGCCUCUGUGUGUGGUGACAGCCCCGGCUGAUCCUUGCAAGAGAGUGACGAAAGGAACAGCCGUCUCUCCCGUGGCUCCCUCUGCUCCCGGACAAGAAGGCAAAGAGGAGCAAAGGGAGCGAGAGAAGCAGAAGCCUCCGUGUGUGGUGACAGCCCCGGCUGAUCCUUGCAAGAGAGUGACGAAAGGAACAGCCGUCUCUCCCGUGGCUCCCUCUGCUCCCGGACAAGAAGGCAAAGAGGAGCAAAGGAAGGGAGAGAAGCAGAAGCAUCCGUGUGUGGUGACACCCCAGGCUGAUCCUUGCAAGAGAGUCCUUGUAGAGAAAGAGCCAGAGCAGAUUGCUUUAUCAGAGAUGCCAUGCCAGGCUCAGGGAGAGCUGUUCCUAGCCCGACAGCAGGAAGAGCAGCUCAGGCAGCAGGUGGAAGAGGCACAGCAGAAUGGCCAGAACCUUUAUGAACAGAGGCAGGCAGAGCUGCAGGAAACUGAGGCUAGGAACAAGGCAAGGAAGAAGAGGCCAGAAGAAAUUCUUGAAAUCAUCGUAAAGAAAUUUAAACUCCUCCUUCAGGAGAAAAUGGCUCUAGAUGCGAAAGUGCAUAUGUUGACAUCCUACCUGGAAGCCUUUGAAGAGUUCCAGCAAAUGACAGGAGACCAAAAGACCCAAGACUGGAGUGAGGCCCAGGAACCAAAGCAACCAGAGAUGCUGCAGGAUAAGCACAUCCCGAGGAUGCAGGUGCAGGAAAAGACAAAUCAAGAGCAGGAGAUCUGCAGUGGCCUUCUCACCGAAGCAGCUGCUGCAGCAGCAGCAGCAGCAGCAGCACCAUCCCAAGGAGCCUUUGCUCUCCAGCCGGAGAAGUGGAGCUGGGGCACUUGGUUCACCUCCUGCGCUGACCCAGCUGCCGCUCAGCAACAGCAGAUGAAGGGUGACUCCCUGGAGCAAUGGAGGAGAAUGGUGAAGAUGGAAAAUCCCAUGAUGAAAUACACUAAUCUGGAAUAUAUUGGCAGUGGGACUUUUGGAGAUGUUUGUAAAGCACUCGACACUGCCACAGGAGAAGAGGUGGCCAUAAAGAAAAUAAAUCUUCAAGGACUGAUCAGAAGGGAAGUAACCUUUAAGGAACUCAAGGUCAUGAAAAUUAAUAAGCACCUAAACAUUGUGAAUUAUUUAAAGAGCUACCUUCUGGGUGAGGAACUCUGGCUGGUUAUGGAGUACAUGGAUGGAGGCGCCCUGAGCGAUGUCAUCAAUGAGACUCACAUGUCUGAAAGAGAGAUGGCAGCCGUCAGUCGGGAGUGCCUGCAAGGAUUGGAUUUUCUUCACUCCAACCACGUGAUCCACCGAGGUCUGAAGAGCUGCAACAUCCUUCUCAGAACCGAUGGCUCUGUCAAGCUGGCUGACUUUGGCCUCUUUGCUCAGCUCCCCCCUGAGCAGAGUAGACAGAGCUCCGUGGCCGGCACUUCUGGGUGGAUGGCGCCUGAAGUGGUGACAGGUCAACCAUAUGGCCCCAAAGUGGACAUAUGGUCUUUUGGAAUCGUGGGCAUUGAAAUGAUGGAACGAGAAGUUCCUUACUGGAAAGAAACUUCUGGCAUGCCUCAACUCCUGAUAGCCAGACGAGGGAUACCAAAGCUGCUGCAGCCCAACCUGUUUUCACCUUGGCUGUGUGACUUCCUGAGCUGCUGCCUGCAGACAGACGAGGAGCAGCGCUGGUCUGCCAAAGAUCUCCUGCAGCAUCCAUUUGUAAGAUUUGCUGAGCCUGUGUCCAGCCUGGUGCCACUGAUUGCUUCAGUGAAGAAGAGGAAGGACCAAAGAAACUGAAAAUCACAUCAGGACUGUUUAUUUCUCAACCGGCACAGGGCAGGAUUGUAGGUUCGGACAAGGGUUAGGAUUGGGGUUAGGGUUAGGGUUAGGGUGAGGGUCAGGGUCAGGGUUAGGGUUCGGACUAGAGUUAGGACUAGGGUUGGGAAUAGGAUUAACGUUAGGGUUAGGGUUUAGGAGUAGGUUUAGGGUUCGGUUAUGAUUGUCUAAUAGGCCUGCUGAGUAGGAUUAGAAAUUAAUAAAGUUUCUGAAACCAAAACUCUCCCUGAAAUUUCCUUCCUUCUCACUCUGUGAAUAAGGUCCCGAUUUCCUUGUAAAUUUUAUUUUGUUUCUUAAAGGUGGAAGUCACCCACACAGUGUCUUUGGCAUGGUGUGAAACUGGGGAAUGCUCUUCUUCAUUUAUGCUCUCCAGACCAUGAUGCUUUUGGAAUGUAACUCACUUUUCUAUUUUUGGUCCACUGUGGUACCUCUAUUUGAGGUAGAAAGGGCAAUGGCGUUUGCAGGAAAAAACAAAGGAAGAAUGGGGCAGCCCAAAUACGCUAUGUGGAUACACGGCUUUCUGCUGUGACUCAAGAGCAUUCAAGUUCCUACCCGUUUGGAUUUGUAUCCCUAGGUGCAAGGCUGGAGGA